GCUUCACCUGUUUUCUUUUGAUCCAACUAGAUAUUAUGGUUUUAUGAAAAUAUAGCACAGGGUAUUGACAAAAAAAUUUGACUAAUCCAAAAAGAAAUGGAAAUGCCCUCUUAAUACAAUCACUGCGGAUGUCUUAAAUCCGGUCUCCCUAUAGACCAGUAGAGGGCGGUAGUGGGAUUUGGAAAUUGUUCCUCUACCUUGAAACGAAGAGUAAGACCAAUGCAUCGUUCGUGAUUUUCAAAAAAAACAAAAACUCACGAGACGUAGAAAUCCACAUCAAGGAUGUGUUCACUUACCACACUUUCUAAAGCGGGACGUGCGCACAGUGGUUGUAGUCUCAAUAUGUUUAGGUUUCUCCUUAUGCAGUGAUACACCUACUGAGCAGACAUUGUUCUAGCUGUUGUUUUCAAAUGCAUUAAACUGAAGUUAACGCUAUUGUCAAGGAGGACACCCUGAUUACCCACCUUUAUCAUAGGUCUCAAACGCAUCUGAAGAAGGGAAGGCUGCCUAAACUAGCUGGCUAGCGACUGCGUGAAGAUGCAAUUGGCUCUUAGUAAAACGUUUGGCCAGAAACCAGUUAAAUUUCAAUUAGAGCAAGAUGGAGACUUUUACAUGGUUGGAUCAGAGGUUGGAAACUACCUGCGCAUGUUCAGAGGCUCUCUGUACAAAAGAUAUCCAUCUUUAUGGAGGAGGCUGGCUUCGGUGGAGGAGAGGAAGAAAAUUGUAGCGUCAUCACAUGCCACUAGUGUAACUCUGCUGAAGGCUUCAGAAUGUGAAGAGAUCUUCGAGGGGAAUGAUGAGAAAUACAAGGCGGUGUCCAUCAGCACAGAGCCCCCAGCUUACCUCAGGGAGCAGAAAGCAAAGAGGAGCAGUCAGUGGGUCCCCACGCUGCCCAACAGCUCUCACCAUCUCGAUGCUGUGCCUUGCUCCACCACCAUCAACCGCAAUCGAAUGGGCCGUGACAAGAAAAGGACCUUCCCCCUGUGCUUUGAUGACCAUGACCCUGCAGUGAUCCAUGAGAACGCAGCCCAGGUAGAGGCGCUCGUUCCCAUUCGUCUCGACAUGGAGAUUGACGGACAGAAACUGCGAGAUGCCUUCACGUGGAACAUGAAUGAGAAAUUGAUGACUCCAGAGAUGUUUGCCGAGAUUUUAUGUGAUGACCUGGACCUGAAUCCUCUGGCCUUUGUCCCUGCCAUUGCCUCAGCCAUUCGUCAGCAGAUUGAGUCCUACCCCACUGACAGCAUACUGGAAGAGCAGGCAGACCAGAGAGUCAUCAUCAAGCUAAACAUCCAUGUGGGGAACAUUUCUCUGGUGGACCAGUUUGAGUGGGACAUGUCUGAGAGAGAAAACUCGCCGGAGUCAUUUGCGCUGAAGCUGUGCUCUGAGCUAGGUCUGGGGGGAGAGUUUGUCACCACUAUAGCCUACAGCAUUCGCGGUCAGCUCAGCUGGCACCAGAGGACCUAUGCCUUCAGUGAGAACCCACUCCCGACAGUAGAGAUCGCCAUCCGCAACACAGGUGAUGCAGACCAGUGGUGCCCCUUGCUGGAGACUCUCACAGAUGCCGAAAUGGAGAAGAAGAUACGAGACCAAGACAGGAACACAAGGCGUAUGAGACGACUGGCCAACACCGCUCCCUCCUGGUAGAAAGAGACAUGAAGCUGCAUCAGACAGACGGAUACACUGACAUGUCUUCAGGAGACUCCUUUUACUCUUAAAUUACCAAGUAAAUACUCACCGAGUUACACGCACAGUCACCAGGUCAUCCUUUACGCAUUGAUGAGGCAUCUGGAUGUUCUUGUAAGCAUGACUGCACUCACAGACAGGUGGUCAAUUUCCAUGGACACCUCACUGACUGAACACAACACACACAUCCAGGCAUUUCUCUGCACACAGUCUACUGUAAUCAUGUUAGUCCUUGCCUUUAGCACAUCAGUCAUAGCAACAGUUCAAAUCUCAUCCAUCAACACUGUAGGCUACUGUUGUCAAUGAAGGAGGUUUACAUACAUCCCUGUUCCACACACCACACCACCGUUCACACUACAGUACAGUGACUGAAUUGAAUCUAUCUGUAUGAAUAGGUUAUGGAAGCGUUUUAUAACAUCAUCAGGGAAACUCUUACAACAGUCAUUUCAAAUUCUUCACACCUUCAUCACAUCUGUAACAAAGGUCUGUCGUUUUCUCUGACUACCAAAAUUCCAAUUGAAAUGAAAAAAUGUUCCAAGAUUGAGCAGUCUAAUUUAGAUUCUGUCCUAAUCAACAUCUACACUAUAGGUAUUUUUGACAGCAGACAUUUUGAACACAUUGUAAAGAAAAGGAGAAGCACAGGUAGAAUUAAUAACAUUAAUGGUGGCUCAGUGUCCCAGUACUGACUUACAAAGCUACAUAGAAUGAAGUUGUUGGUAAUAUUAAUGACACCUGUGCUUUUCCAGCCAUGACAGGUCAGGAUCCCAUUCAUUACACUAGUCAUUUCAGAUAUAAUGAAAAAACUGGAGAUUUAUACUCAGCCUCGUAUAUAUGCAAAUCUGAUAGCAACUUUGUUUUCCCGGCUACUUGUAAAUCAGGGUCCAGAAGUAGGUGGUAAAUGCACCCGAAGCUGUUUGGUAACUGCCAAUGUGCCAGAAGAAGAAUAACUUUUGCACUUUAGCAGUCAGGUUACAACAGUAGCUAGCUUUAGUUGAACAUUUUACAUAAGCUUACAAAAACAUAUGAAUGAAUCUCAUUUAAGUUGUUAUUGCCCUCAUUGCUCUAACUCACCAAUACAAAUAAAUGUUGUCUCACCCACACAGAUUUAGUAUGUUUUUGUGUGUGGGGAAAUGGCCGGAGCCAUUUUUCUUUGUCACUUAAAUGAGAGAUAGAACAGCCGCUUAUUUCAGUGUCAUUUUAGUUGAACACAAAAAAACAGAGGUGACAGACCUGGAUAAAUACAGAAAAUCUGACAGUACGUGGAUAUACCCACAUAUUCACAGAUGGAUUUAAACAUUUUAAACAUCUGGCUAGAAUGCGUUUGAAAUGUCCUCUGGAGCUGGUUUCAGCAAUCAGAUUUAAAUCGGUCUUGAAUGCCUCUAUGAUGCAUUUGUACACUUUUCUUCGCUCUCUGAUCUGCUCAAGACAUAUGAAGUGGCGAAAUGAAAAUGUAAAAAAAGUGUCUGUUGGGGAAAAAUACCUAAUCAUUUUGAUGUUUCACAUGACCAUCGGUAGGGACCACUGAGGCAGGGUGUCCUGUAGAGCUGAAACGAUAAAUCGAUUCACCAACUAGUCGAUCAGCAGAACAUUUAUCAUGAGCUGGUUUGAUAAAUGAUAAAUCAUUUGACAAAUUUCUCCUGCAAAAAUGGUAAAACACUACAUUUUCCUCUAGUCAAAUAGCAUUGUAAGAUUGGACUGUUUGGAUUUUUAGUUUGUCAGACAAACCGACAUAUUUAAAAUUGUGAUGGGCCUUUUAUCCCUAUUUUUAUUAUUUAAUAGACUCAAUUCAAACGGGCCUUGCAAAGCAAACCUUUGUCGGCGGACAAUCGCCCAGAAAAAGUAAAUACCCCUAUGUGUAGGGUUUGAACAUUUCUGACUUGGGGGACUGAAAUAAAUAAGUCCCAAGCUCAUGGGAUGAUGUGACUUGCAAAGAAACAAAAACUCUCAUGCUAGCAGGAUCAUUUGAAAGAUGCAUUAUUUAAGCCAGUAAAUUUUACACAUACAGCUUUAAAAAUGUAAGAGAGCCACAUCGAAGUGUUUUGGCUACUUUGGUAGACUGUGGCUGAUGUUGGUUAUUUCAGUCAUGCAAAAACUCUUUAGUGUGUAUGUGUAAAAUCCAGCUACAAUCCCUGGUAAUGUUACUGCGUGUACUGCUCGGACAGAAGCAGUGGCUCAAAGCUGUCAAGUGUUUGCAGCCAAUCAGAGAGUUGGUUUGAAUUUUGCAUGUAGACUCUGGUUCUGAUCCUAAUUACCAAUUAUGAUCAGUUAUGUGAACCAGUGUUCAUUUGCAUGCUAAAACAUAGUUAGUUCAUACUGUACCCUGUGCAUGAGGGACUAAUUGUACCCGUUGUUACUUCUGGUUUUUUUGAGUAAUAGACUAGGGAAAAAAAACAAGCUUACAAGAACCAAUGGUGUCUUCAACUUACAUACUCCAGAGAAUUGUGUUAACCAUGUACUGUCGCUUCUUGUUCUCUUCUUUUGUAAAAUUGCUUUACCUUUAUAGUGGACUUGUUUUUUAUAUGAAAAUAACAAUAAAGGAAAC